AUGUUCAAUCUUCGACAGCUGGCGGCUCUGGCCGUCAUCUGCUAUGCCUCGCCCAGCCAUGCGGCCUCGUCGCUCAAGCCAAGCAAGGACAUCGCCAAGGAUCGUGCGCCUCAGAUCUUCAACUCGGUGCACGACUCGAUGCGCCAGUGGGGCUCGAGCCUUCACCACAACGGAGUGUCGUUCUUCCUGGCCACCGUCCCCGAGGGCGUCCUCCUCUACCACGGCAACAACCGACCCGAGUCGCCUACUGAGCCCGACUGGCUGGCAUAUGAAAUCGAGCACGCCGAGCAGUUUGCCAUGUCGAGAGGGCCUCCCCCGGGCAAGGACAAGGCGCGCGCCGAGCGUCGCAAUCCAUUCUUCAAUCUCAACCCGGUUGACACAGAGACCCAGCAGCACAUUCUCAACACUGGUGAUAAGGAGCCUCAAAUGCCGGAUGAUGACGAGAAGAAGAAGGGUGGCUGGCUGCAUGUGUACAAGACCACCAGAGCCCUUCCCUUCUUAUACAUUGACGGGAUGAGCGGUGGUAAGACGGAGAUGGGAACCCUAGAUUCACAAGACUAUCUUCUACGCAACAAAACUCAGGAAGAUGAACCCAGCCAGCCACAUCGUGGUCCCAUGGGUGAAGGGACUCGUGCUCGGGAGCUGUGUGAGUUGAGCACUUCGUGGGGCUUACAGGGUGUCAUUCGCAUGGAGGCUGGCUUUGAAAUCAUCAAGUGCGAUUUCAAGGACGGACUGGAGGAGAUUCAGACGCUUCAGCGACCUGUAAGAGACUCUGAUGGGGUCCUGAUGCUCCUGGAAAGAGUCCUGAUGGGCCAGGUAGCGACGGUCCUGAUGGCCCUGGGAAGUGGCCAGGUCAUGGCCCUGAUGGGCCAGACGGCGAGCGUCCAGAUGGUCCUGGACACUGGCCUGGUCAUGGGCCGGAUGGUCCUGGACGUUUUCCUGACCAUGGCCCAGACGGUCCUGGCAGGCCUGAUUAUGGUCCUAAUGGCCCCGAGAAGCACCCUGAUGGACCUACACGUCGGCCGGGUAAGGGAGCGCGACCUUGGCCAGGGAAUCCCCCGCGCCACCGUGAAGAUGGGUUUGAUUACCCGCCACCACCUCGCGGCCCUUGGUCUUGGCCUGGUCCUCCUCCUCCUCCCGGUCCUCCUCGUUCACGACGCCGCGAGGAUGGCCCCGAACAUCUACCCCCACGGCCAGACCAUUGGCCUAGUUUCCGUCCACGACACCCCGAAGAUGGUCCCGAGCAUCCUCCACCACCACCUGCGCAUUGGCCUUGGCCUGGUCCGCCUCCUCCUCGCCAUCCACCAGAUGGAGGUGAGCUCCCAUCGACAGAAGGUCAUCAGCCACGGCCCAGACACCCUCAUGGCCGUCCUGAAGACGUGCCUGAAAAUCCAGCUGAAGGAAGUCCCGGAUCGUGGCCCGGGCCUCCUUCACGUCAAUCUGAAGACGAGCCUCAAUACCCACCACCACAUGGCCCUGGGCCACGGCCAGAACAGCCUCCACGCCGCCCCGAGGAUAGACCCGAACAUCCACCACCACCGCCUCGGCAUUGGCCCUGGCCUGGUCCUCCCCGACGCCCUGAAGAUGGAUCUGAGUACCCGCCACCAAGAGGUCCGAAACCAUGGCCAGGACAUCCCCCUCGCCGCCCAGAGGCGACCCAGUCGUGGCCCCGGUCACGGCCCAGGGAACGGUCGAGGGGGAAGCAUCUCAAGCUUUGAGUUUCUUCGUGGAAUCUCAAACAGAUACGACGGCAUUGGCUCUACUCGCACGAUUUUGGACUAUUCGUCCAUGGUAUCUGCCUAUUUCUUCCCUGUCAACUUGACGAAUCCCGACCCCAAGCGUCCAGAUUUGCCACGACUGACCAACCUCUCUGAUGAUGAGCUCAAGCAUAUUCGGGGAGUUAUCGGGGACGUCGCCAAGGAACGAUUGGACGGAAAGGCACCAAUAAUAAACUGGCAGGAUGUUGCAGAUCUCAUCGUCAAGCGAUAUGCGGAGAGGCUCCAGUUCAUGACACAGAAAGGAACUUCGUCCAAGCGCAUUUCGGACGAAGCAAACUUCAUGCUGGACACUUUCAUCGACUAUUCCACUGAAGAGAAGAGCCAGGAUAACUCUGGCAGCAUCUCCCGCUGCAGCAGCCUGUACUUGCAACCGAUCAAACCAAAGACCACGGCCGAUGAGCUUAUCUACUCUGCUUUCGAAGAAGUCUUAUCACAGAUUUGCACUACACUGUUCAAGGUCCGUGAUAUUUCUCUCGUGGCUCAGCAGAAUGAAGAUUAUGCUCUCCCAACCGCAGUGGGCACACUGCAGUCCUUGUUGAACUACCUCAAGUGGGCCAGCUUCAAGCGAUGCCCUCCUUGCGGUGUAGACGAGGUCUGCCUCAUCCCCAUGUGGCCGUUUGGAACUGUGGAUGCUUACGAGCACCCUCAGUGCGUCAAGUCGACAGACGGCCGUGGCGAUGGCGAGAGCUACUGGGGAGACAGACCUGGACCGCCUCCACCCAAGUACGAGUAA